CGUCAAAUUGAGCGCAAGCAGCAGUCUGCUGAGUUCCUUUCAGAGCGGAUCUGUGUAAAACUCGCUCUGCAUUAAAAGAGUGUUAGAAGAAGAAGAGAGCAAUCCGUAACGGGAGACACUGGAAAACCUCACAAAUGGUUCAAGGGAUAACAGCAGAAGUGUUUAGAGUUAAAGGACAGGAACCACUAUAUCACAGUCACAAUGCAAAUGGGUUUUUCAGAUCAGACGUACGGAGAGGUGAACCAGCUCGGUGGUGUGUUUGUGAACGGUCGCCCUCUGCCCAACGCGAUCCGGAUCCGGAUUGUGGAACUGGCGCAGCUCGGUAUCAGGCCUUGCGACAUCAGUCGCCAACUGCGGGUCUCUCAUGGCUGUGUGAGCAAAAUUCUGGCCAGAUACAACGAAACGGGCUCCAUUUUACCCGGUGCUAUCGGUGGGAGUAAACCUCGAGUCACGACCCCGAACGUUGUGAAGAGUAUACGGGAUUAUAAACAGGGCGAUCCUGGAAUAUUUGCCUGGGAAAUACGCGACAGACUGCUCGCCGAUGAAGUGUGUGACAAAUAUAAUGUGCCAUCAGUGAGCUCCAUCAGUCGCAUUUUAAGGAACAAGAUUGGGAAUCUGUCUCAGCCGAGCCAGUAUGACAGCAAACCGUCUCCACCUCAGAUCUCUUAUAAUCCUGUGUAUCCAUAUUCCUACCCGAACCCCAUGUCACCCACCGGCUCUAAACUGACCAGUCCUUCUGCUGUCAGUCUGUCCCGGGCCUGGCCCUCCAUCCACACCGUCAGUAACAUAUUAGGAAUACGGGCUUUCAUGGACCCUGCAGCCAUUGCUGGAACAGAGAGUUAUCAGCCGAAAAUGGAGGACUGGACCGGUGUCAACAGGCCUUCGUAUCCCUCCGUUCAUGGAGUCAACGGGAUCGAUAAAACAGCUAUAGAUACUGACAUUAAAUACACCCAGGGUUCAUCUAAUUUAUCCGGAUAUGUUCCCGCGUGCGCUUACUCCGCCACCAAUCAAUUCGGCGUUUACGGCGGACACGCCGCCAAUUACGGCCAUCACUGGCAGUCUCAAAACACGAGCCUCGCCCAUCAGAACCCCGGAGCCAUGAUCCAGAGCCAGAACCUGCACACAGCCCUAUCCUUCAGACACUCGAGCCGAGACGACAGAAAGAGUCCGAUGAGCAAACAUCACCACGAGGAUCCGAGCGGCGUUCACGGGCUCGCGCUUCCCACAUAAGAGCCGCAAUAACACAGACAACAUCCAUCCAUCCAUCCAUCAUUCAGCUUCAUCGUCAGUAAGUUACCACGAGUACACCUUUACGGAGGAGUGGGAAGCUGUGGGAUCACCACAGAGAAUUUCUGCAAUAUUUGCAGGAGAUUUUAGUUUUGUUUGUUUUGUGCAAAUAAUGUCAAACUGUUGUUAUAAAUGGACGGCAGUUUCUCUGGAAAUGUUUUUCUAAAGUUAUAUUGCUGAUUCGAAAAUGAAACAAAAUGAACAUGUCAUUGUCUGUAUAUUGAAAAGCCCAGUUGAGCAAUAUAGCCCACUCAUCUAUUUUAAUAAUUUUAAUUUCUGUUGAAUAAAAACAUGUCAAAAUCGAACAGUUUUUUUAG